GAAAAAAGAAAACUACUUUCCCUUCCUUCUUAUUUAUCCACUAAGCGAUUCUUCCUCCUUUGGUGUUUGCUCUCACGGCUCUUUCUUCAUCCUCUCCCUCCAAUCAAUAAUGCCUUUCUCCGAUUCAAUUUCUUAAUUCUCUCAAAUCCCUCAUUCAAUUAAUUUCCCUUUUCAGUCUCCAUUUUCGAAGAUUAGGGUUCUCAUCCGAUUCCUGUUUCUGUUUUGUUUGUUUCUUUGUUUGUUUACACAAACCAAUUCCUUUGAUUCCUUUAUGAUUUCCCAUUUCCGUCCUCUGAAUUCCAAUCCCAUCAAGAUUUCAAUUCCUUUUGAAAUUCGUCCAUCGUUUUUCACUAGAGCAUCUUCGUUUUCCCUAUUGAUUUGGGUUCUAACCCUUGUUUUUGUUGUUGUUGUUGUUGGUGUUUCUCCCGCCCCUUCAAAAUCUAUUGCAACUUUGAAGAACGAGUUCGAAAUCAACUCCACCACCGUCAUGAAGGUCCACCCAUUGCCGAGGAAGCGCAAUAUCGCCGUUCGGAAUAACCCCACUUCGAGAAACUCUCUUGAAGAUCAAUCCCCUUUGAACAAUCACAAGAAACUCAGGCGGUUACCACAUAUCUUCAGUCGCGUCCUUGAACUUCCGUUUCGAUCUGAUGCGGAUGUUUUGGUAGAGGAAAAUACAGAUUGUUUCCGAUUCAUUGCUGUAACUGAUGGUAACAUUAGCGAUGGAGUUAGAGCUCAUGCUGUGGAAAUCCAUCCUGGGGUUAUUAAGAUCGUUGUUCGUGAAAAUGAAUCGUUGGAAAUGGCAAUAGAUGAACUUGAAUUGGAUAUGUGGAGGUUUCGACUACCGGAGACGACACGACCGGAGCUUGCAAGUGCGGCGUUUGUUGAUGGAGAGCUUAUUGUCACUGUUCCAAAAGGGAAUGAUGAAGAGAAUUCUGAUGAUGGUGGAGGAGAUAUCUUCAGAGAUGAAAUGGAAGGUCGACUUGUUCUUGUACAGUAAAUUGAAUCCUUUCUCUCUUUUUUCUUUUUGGUUUUUGUACUAACUGUUGGAAAUUUCGUUGUUCAUCAUUAUAUAAUGUUGUUCCAGAUUUCCUAUUA